GAAUGGAAUGCGAACCACCGAUGCUCAUGGGGCGAGGCAUAUAAGCAUGUCCUUUCUGCGGAUCCGCACAGCUCAGCACUUCUGUAGGGAUGCCUGUUCAGCGCUUUUCUUCGCACACCAUGAACGUCGGGGGAUCUUCUGCCGGUCUAUUCUUCCCCCAGGUGGGGAUCCUGUAUCUGCUGGGAGUGGGACGCGUAUAUGGACUCCCUGUCUCGUGCAUCGCGGUUGGGAUCAGGCAUCCAGCUUCGCAAGGCAGAUACAGCUUUACAAAGUCUAGACCCCACUCGGGUAAUGAUUGUCUAGUGAAUGAGGACUGUGAAUUGCUGUGUGGGGUCCGUCCUACGGGUUUAAGAAGCGUCCAGUCUCGCAACCAGCACAAGGCAAGCUUGGUUGACCAGUCUCAGAUCUGGCCUCACUGAGGAACUACUCGACUACUACCUAUAGAUAAGUUACCUCUAAAAGAAUCAGGAUGACUAUCCCUGAUGAGGUAUGCAUUCCUCCUAAAUCACCGCCAUGGUCUGUAUCUAACACGUACAGGUCGAUAUCAUUGUGUGCGGUGGUGGAUCUUGUGGGUAAGCAACGAGAUUAUCCAGCAUUAAAUGAAACAUACCCUAAUCUCUCCUCG